GCAAAAAACCCACAACAACAACAACAACCCAAAAAACCAAAGAGGAUGAGGAGGACGAUGAUGACAGCACAACGAGUGCUGCUGCUGGCCGUGGUGGCAGUGGCGCUAGUUUCCUGCUGCGUUGUUGCUGCUGAUGGACAGGGCAGCAAGCGCCCUAACAUCGUCAUCUUGCUUGCAGACGAUCUUGGAUACGGUGACAUUGCUGCCUACGGCCAUCCAACGUCCAACACCCCACACUUGGAUCGGCUGGUCCAAGAGGGCCUGAAGUUCUUGGACUUCUACUCUGCAUCCCCCGUGUGCAGCCCAAGUCGAGCUGGCAUCCUGACCGGUCGCUAUCAAACGAGGAAUGGCGUCUACCCGGGUGUCUUCGAGCCGCAGAGCCUCUUGGGCCUCCCCCAUUCCGAGAUUACCAUCGCGGAGGCCUUGAAGGAGCAUCACAACUACAACACCGCGAUCGUUGGCAAAUGGCAUCUUGGUGUGGGCAAUCAGUCGCAGUUUCUGCCCACAACACAAGGCUUCGAUCAAUACACUGGAAUCCCCUAUUCGCACGACAUGCCUGAUCCUGCCGACUGCUUCCGGUCGAGUGCGGGCGACCUGCCCUGCUUCCCGGGGACACCGCCGGACCCCAUGCGCACAACCACCCCGUUCUACACCGCCGACCACGACGCCCACGCUCGACGCACUGGCGCGCACGCCCCAACGUGCAAAUACGGGCACGGCAUGGAAGGCAAUUUCACGGCCGUGACAACAGCGACCCAACACGAGUGUCUUUCUCUGUGCGAGCAGCACUCUCACUGUGUGGCUGUGCAGUUCUUUGCACGUGAGUGCCGCAUGUUUGCGCGCACGGGCGACACUUUUCCGCUUGCGUCAGGCAACGUCUGCUACACCCGACACACAUCCAGCCUCAACCCAUCUGCCACCACGGCAGCGGGGCGGGCUGCGAUGCACCUCGGAUUCAAAGGUGUCCUCGACCCCGUCGCGUCCGGUAACGAGGUUGAGAUUCCACUGUACCGAUACGAGUCAUCGUCGGCACCGCGCAUUGUGGAGCAACCGGCCAAUCUGUCCACCAUCGACCGCCUCUACACCCAAACUGCCAUUGACUUUAUUGAGAAGAGCAAGGACGAGCCGUUUUUCCUCUACUUUGCAAUGCAGCACACGCACCACCCAGACUACGCUGGACCAGACUUCUUCAACACAACUGAUCGUGGGAUGAUGGGUGAUUCGCUGUUUGCGCUGGACUGGAGCGUCGGUCAAAUCAUGCAGACCAUUCGCGACCUCAACCUCGACAACGACACUUUCGUCUUCUUCACUUGUAGCACCACGUGGGAGGGUGGGCAGCGAGUGCCGGCUGUUGCGCGCUGGCCAGGGAGGAUCAGGGCUGGUCGGGUCACUCGCGACAUCACGUCACACUUGGACAUCCUUCCGACUGUCCUCAGCAUUGCAGACAUUCCUCUGCCCACCGACCGCUACUACGACGGCACCGACAUGUCCCCCAUCCUCUUUCACGAACAGCCUGGAGCUCGCGACUACUACUUCUACUGGGCCGCAAACGUCGCCAACAUGUCUGAUCUUCAGGCUGUGCGAUGGCGCGAAUGGAAGAUGCAUUUCAAAACGGGAGGAAGCCACGCGCCCAACGACUACUUUGUUCCGUCGUGCCGCAGCAACACAUCCGUCACAACACAUGACCCGCCGCUCCUGUUCAAUCUGUAUCACGAUCCCGGCGAGCACGUGCCACUGGACAGCACGGAUCCAAAGUUCAAGUUUAUUGUCGCCAAGCUGCACGCACUCGUGGACGAGUUGAAAGAUACGCCGGGGCUGUUUGGCCACGCACAAAUCCCGCCCUCCAAUCCACUCGCGCAGCCGUGCUGUGAUCCCACAUGUCGACAGCGCCAUCCUGACAACCUCAACGAGUGCUGCAGAACUAUCACCAGCAUCAACGCUGCCGUGUGA